CCCUUUCUCUACCUCAUGACGUCUAAGCACGUCUCUGAAGUCCCUUCAGCUAAGGGAGUCUAACCAAGACCGUUUGAGUACCGCCUCUGGCCGAUUCUUCCCGGAAAGUUUUUGGGCCGUAAAUCUGGGAAUGUUUGCCCGUUAAUGGAAUGCGUGCUUCAUAGUUACUAAAUUCUUUAAUGCUACAAUAGUCAAUUGAAUGUUUCUAGUACGUUUCUGUAAAAUUGCUACUCGUUGCGUAAUGGCAUGCUGAUAAUAUUUUGACUUUCUUUUAAGCUUCACAUCAACAGAUGGAUUCCUGAAUGUAACUGGGUUGAGACUGUGAAAGCGGAUAUGAAGAGUGAAGUUUCAUCUGAUGCACCAAAGUCACAGGAGAGUUUAACGGUGGUUCUCUUUAAUCCUGAGUCCAUAGAGUCAGCCAAACGUCUAGUCCCCGAUGUUGAGAUGAUCACUAGCAAGGUUGGGAAUGACUUCUCAGACCUAUGCUCAGAAUCCCAUAAGCAGCGAAAGGAUAUGAAUAGCAGUGGAACAGGACAUGGUAAGGGAAUGAUAGUUAGAAAAAAACGUAAGAGCCAGCAGGCUGGCCCUUCUGAUUUACAAAAUGGUGGAUUUAAGGAAAAUCAAGAACUUUUGGGUCUUAACAUGCACGUAGAGCCCCAAAGUGAUGAGGACAAUGAGUCAUCCUACAGUGAUUGCGCAUCUUCCCCUUCAUCUAGCCAUAAUUUUGGAGACUCUGACACGUUUUCUUCAGAUGAAGAAAAGGAAGCUUCUGCAAGACAUGCCACAUCAGUAUUUAGUAGCACAAGCAGAACCCAGAGUGCAAGGUCACACAAGUGCCCACGAACUGAAACCGACCCUGGGUCAGGGCCACUAAUGAAACGGCCUUGUUUUCUAAGGCGGCCUCUGCAUCGGAAGCGGUUUGUAAAAACAAAUUCCUCUCAGAGGACACAAAAGCAAAAAGAGCGAAUCCUAAUGCAGAAGAAAAAACGUGAAGGUUUUGCUCGUAGAAAAUAUGCAUUAUUGCAGAUAUCCACUAGCUCAAGUGAGAAUGAACUCACAGACCAUGAGUCAUCUUCCAGUUUAUCCAGUGAAGUAGAGGAUGAUAUAUUUGUCUCAGCAAGUGAAAGGCACCAAAACAAUUCCACUGCUGCCUCAGGGAGCAUUGAUGAAGACGUAGUAGUGAUUGAGGCCUCUCCUACACCUCAGAUCACUGCGAAUGAAGAAAUCAAUGUUACCUCAACAGAUAGUGAAGUGGAAAUUGUAACUGUUGGAGAAAGCUGCAGCCUGCUGUUUUGCCAGCUGCCACUGUUGGUGUGGAAGCACAUCACGUCAGUUCCAAUAACACGUCUACCUCAGAUCAGACAUCUGAAACUGUACCAGGCCCCUCAAGUAGUCAGGCAUUUACAGUAUCUGAGAAUUCAAGCAUUGCUUCCAACACCAUUACAGCUGCUGCUGCUCCUCUUCCAAUUGAUGAGACUAGAAGAACAGCAUCCAGCUCUGCAUCAGAGGCAGGACCUAAUGCAAUGCCUCGCCUACCAUCAUGUUGCCCCCAACAUUCCCCAUGCCUGGGUGCAUCUCAAAGUAGUCACUUAUCAGGGCAUCCGCAUACAAGUUGUCUUCAGCAACAUAUCUACCAUUUUCCCCACCAUCACCACCACCACCACCAUCAUCAUGCAUCCCAUUCCUCUGUUCUCCCAGUUGCAUCAUUUUCUGAUUCUAACUGCCCUGUCGAGCGACCAGCAGCAGUACCAGCACCAUGUGGAGCAAGUAGUAGUACUGGCAACACUUAUCACGAGCAGACCCUACCUGUUGACUUGAGUAGUAAUGGUGUUCGGAGCCAUGGAAGUGGCAGUUUUACAUCCGCAUUUGACCCUUGCUGUCCAGGCUCCUCUUCUCGUACUACUGUAUACAGUCAUCCGGCUGGUGCUGGAUCCAACCAGCCAGUGGAUGGGUAUGGAUCAGGCUUGGUUGCACAGCCUCAGGCACCACUCUCCUCUUGUCGACAUUAUAUACACCCCCCUUAUGGACCUUUGCAGAGAUCCCUUCACCACCAAGCAUCCUCAUGUCCCCAUUCACAUGGAAACCCUCCUCCCCCACCACAGCCACCUCCACAGACUGAAUAUGUUAUUCCUCAUGCAGUGCAUCCUUUUCACCCACAACUUCCUCCUCAUGCCACAACCCAUGCUGUAGCACAGACAGCUCCUCCACCCCCUCAUCCUUUGAAUAGCACAUCAUCCACAAUUCCACAGCACCUUCCCACUUCACAUCAGCCAGUCACUCAUCACAUACCGGUCCCAACAUCCUCUGCACACAGGAUUCACCCACACGACGAAAUGUUACAGAGACUGGAGGUUCAGAGGCGGAGAAUGAUGCAGCAUCCAACACGAGCACAUGAACGACCUCCACCUCACCCACAUAGAAUGCACCCCAACUACGGACAUGGUCACCACAUCCAUGUGCCUCAGACAAUGUCAUCACAUCCUAGACAGCCUCCAGAAAGGGCCACAUGGGAGAUGACUUUUGAAGCUGGAAUGACUGCAGCUCCAUAUACCACCAGUCAUUUGCACCCUCUUGCUCAUUAUCCUGGCCCCGCUCGGCUUCAGCACUUACCACUAGGACUUCCUCUUAUGGUGCCAGACAUGGCAGGCUACCCACACAUCCGAUAUAUUUCAUCUGGACUUGAAGGAAGACCAUUCAGAGGUCCAUUCAGAGGAAGUUUUGAGGAACUAAUACAUUUGGAAGAGAGACUGGGAAAUGUUAACCGUGGUGCCUCUCAAGGAACAAUUGAAAGAUGCACAUACCCCCACAAGUAUAAAAAGGUGACUCCGUUCUUACAGAGGAAGCUGCAUAGUAAACAGGAGGAGGAUGAAGGAGCCGAAGAAGACACAGAAGAGAAAUGUACUAUAUGUCUUUCUAUAUUAGAAGAAGGCGAAGAUGUUAGGCGCCUUCCAUGUAUGCAUCUUUUCCACCAAGUUUGUGUAGAUCAGUGGUUAAUCACCAAUAAGAAAUGCCCAAUCUGCAGAGUGGACAUUGAGGCUCAACUAACUGAAAGUUGAUGCCAUUUUCCAGAACUUUUUGUUCUUUCUCAGUACGGCAGUCAACCAAAGAUGGCAUGAGUAAAGUGCAGAUUCUGAAGCAUUGGACCUAGUACAGAGGUCUGCAACCUGUAGCUCUGUGGCAUUUGAAAACCUCGCUAAAUCCAACAGCAGCACUGUUGAAACCCAUCUCCAUUGGUAGAGCUUGUAUUUAAAUUACUUGGCAUCACUAAACAUAUCCUUAAAAACCAAAGUCAUCUCUUCUGUUCAGUUUUUAAACCAGGAGGCUUGUAAACAAUGUGGAUUUCGAAGUGCAUCGAAUGUUACUGGAAGAAUUUGAAAAACAGUGGUUCCAUUAUAUAGGUUGCUGACCUCUGACCUAGUGUGUCAACUCUGCUAUUUUGUGCAACUUACACUCAACCUUCCCAGUUCAGUAUAGACAGAUUGUAAUGUAUUUAUAAAGCUUUUAUGUAGCUUAUUAUUUCUCUUCCGAGUCAUUUUACUUUUUGUGCAUGGUUCCUUAUAUUGCAUUUCUUUGCACAUAUAAUGGGCUUUAUGUCCUCAGACUUGCAGGCAAGAUUAGCUGCUCUAGGUAAAAUAGAAUUAUGUGUUUUGUUUGUUUUUCACAGUGUCAUGCUUAAUGGGACUAGCAAUUUCAACAUCCAUUACUAACCAUAUUUUUUUAAUUUAAUCAGUCAUAAAUAUUGAUGUAUAGAGAUCAAUUAGUAAAAGAGAUAUAUAAAACAUUCCUUAAUUAGGGAAGAAAACAGCUGCUGUAUAUUAAAAAAAAUAAGUUCAGAAUCAUGAAGUACUUUGGAAAUGAAAACAGUACAGAUUUUAAGUCUGAAAAAUGUGGAGGUUUACUUUAUCAAUUGUGCAUAUUUUGUCAUGGAUCUAUACUUCAGUUUUCAAGCUCUGUUCAGCACAGUGAAAUUUUUAUAUAUAUAUAUAUAUAUAUAUAUAUAUAUAUAUAUAUAUAUAUAUAUAUAUAUAUAUAUAUAUAUGAAUGUUGGUAUUAAAUGUUUAGUCUGUUCACAAAUUGUAUUAUUUAUCAGUUUCUUUCACUGUUGUCAGCAAUUUAUUUUUUCCACCUUUGAAAAUAAAUCUGUUUUGCUGCUGUGAAACAAUGCUAACACUAAUGUUAAUCUCAACAAGUUGGAUUGCAGGUAACUUGCAAAUGUGAGUAUCAAGGGUUAGUAAUUGAGACUGCGUUCUAGUAAUACGAGUCCUCUAGCAAACACAUCUAGGUAGUACAGUUAAGCAGAAUUAAGGUACUUAACUUGCAAGUACCAUGCAUUCGUAGAACUUCUAAAGAUCCCAGGAUGUAAUGCCAGGGGAUUUUUAUUAGUUUUAACAUAAAUAAAAUAAGUUGAAUGCA